UCCUCUACGCACCAACCUCGUCAGUUUGAGGCAGGUGUCGAAAUAUCUCCGCUUUAACCUAAUUGGAAUAACCUACUGCAGCAAUGCCGUUUAUUGGUAUCCUCUCGUAGGCUAUCCCGCUAAUUGUACCAUUAAUAAGAAUUAUUUUCCGGAGUUGAAAGGCCUUUUUUUAUCGUGGUGUUGAAAAGUGGCAGCCAGCAUCCGCCCGUUAAAGAUCGAGAACACUGACAAGAAUGUAAAUUUCCCUCUUCAGUGCUGAGAGGUUAGAUCUGUCGGGACAGUAUGUUGGCCUUCAAGAUCAUCAGAGAGAAGGAGUAGAACCCAACCAUCGUGCUACAUUGACUGAGCGGAAGUGCAGCAAGCUGAAAGGGCCUAAAGAGCUGUGAGGUUAUGUGAAAUAAAUCUCACUGCAGGAGAACUGCUGAGUGUGCUGUAUACGAGCGCUACUUAAGGACACCGUAUAUUUAACCCUACACAGAGACAAAGCUGAGUGACCAUUGAAAUCUCCAGGAACGGAAUUACCCUAGUAAAGAGCUAUAAAUUGCCUGCUAUGAAAACUACCACAUGUACGUGGAAGUACAGCACACACAGAGUGAUUGCCUUUGACUACCCUGUACCGUUCCAGGUUGACAAGUCAUAGAAAAGCUGUCCCUAAGACUCUUUCCAAAGAAUCACAAACAUACAGAGGAGUGCGAUUACCAAAGGCAACCAUGAAUGGCCUGCAAGAGAUGUCGGUGAAGUGUGUCCUGGUAGGGGACACUGCAGUCGGCAAGACGUCACUGCUGGUCCGCUUCACCUCAGAGACUUUCCCAGAAACCUACAAGCCUACAGUGUUUGACAACACUGGGGUGGAGGUGUACAUGGAUGGGGUUCAGAUCAACCUGGGGUUGUGGGACACAGCGGGGAAUGACAACUUUAGGCAAAUCCGGCCGAGAUCGUACCAGCAAGCCGACAUCGUCCUCAUUUGCUACUCUGUAGCCAACCCUAACUCGCUGGCCAACAUCCAGCACAAGUGGAUUGCCGAGGUUCGACAGAAUUUGCCCAGGGUGCCAGUGCUGGUUGUGGCCACCCAGACAGACCUCCGGGAAGUGGGGACAUAUCGGAGCAACUGCAUCGCAGCAGUGGAGGGGAAACGUGUUGCUCAUGAAAUCCGCGCUAAAGGCUAUCUGGAAUGCUCUUCCUUAAACAACCGUGGCGUGCAGCAAGUGUUUGAGUAUGCAGUUCGGACGGCCGUUAACCAGGCCAGGAAGCAAGCCAGGAGACACAUGUUCAGCAUAAACCAGUGCAAGGUCUUCUGACCAGUGACCUUAGCUUGGUGGGCGCUUGAAUUGUCAUGAGACAACUUGUUCGUUAAUGCGUGUUCUUGUGCUGUUCAAACUCAGAGAAGGCCAAAGUUGGAUUUCUUUUACAUAUACAUAGGGUUCUCUUUCUCUUUCACUAACUGGGUGUCCUGCCCCCUCAAGACGUCUGUAAACUUAAACUAUAUUAAAAAGAGAGAAUAGAGGGAUUUAAUACUGAAUAGACCCACAUGCAAAUGCUCACCUUUGUUUAACUGAGGGACAGAUGUAAAGAAGAGUUUCUUUGAUUCUUCUGAUCUGUUAUUUUAAAAGAUGAACCACAUUACAGCCUACAUUACAGGAAGGUAUUUCAAGUG